UGUUCUUUAAUACUUAGAAUUAGUUACCAUCUAUACUCAUUUCUUUUCUUAGGUGCAUAGCAUGCUUUCCAUUAAUGUCAUUGUUUCCCACUCGGGCUUAAUUAUCCUCUCCUGACAAAUCUCAACAUUCGUAAUGGCCUUCCUUUUAUUGUUCAAAUCAUUAAUUUUGUCCCAGCUUCUUCUUCUUCUUCUUGUUUCUGCUCACGAUGGAAAGUGUCCACCCUCUUUUGAAUGUGGAUAUCUUGGGCAGAUCAGUUUCCCUUUCACAAUCACUCAACGCCAAGAUUGUGGCGUAUUGGCUAUACAUGGCUGUGAUCUUAAGGAUCCCACGGCUCCCAAAACCAUCCAACUGAGCAAUACAACAACAACAACAACAACACGGUUUCCUAUUGUUACAAGCGUGGAUUCUAAAACCAUAACGAUCGCAGAUGAUGUUCUACGGAAGAAUUUGCACUCCAAAAGUUGCAAAACCUUCAACAAUUAUAGUCUUCCUCCCACCUCUCCUUUGGGUUCUUUCUACAUCAAAUAUAAUAUAACUAUGUUCAGAUGCAAUCACUCUCUCACUGUCACCAUUCCCAAAUUUUAUAACUACUCAAACUGCUCCGAUUACAAUAUCUACUACUAUAUCCCUCUAAAUACUGCAAAAGCUCCUGGUUUCAAGUUGCCAAGCUCUUUAGCACCGUGUUCAACGAUUCAGCUUCCAGUGAGAGACCAGUCUACUAGCGACCCCUUUGAUUUUCUAUCUCCACAGGUCUUAAUUCAAGUAGAAUUAUCUGAUGAUUGCCAAAAAUGUCAUCGCCAUCAAAGAGGCCAAUGCCAACUUAACAACGAAGGAAAAUUCUAUUGCUUGAAAGAUGAUAAAAGUUUGGCGUUGAAGUUAGGACUUGGUAUUGGACUAUCUGGCAUUAUUAUAAUUGGUUUGCUGAUUAUAUGGUACUACAAACCAAGAUGUGUUCCUGGUUUCUACUCAAAUCCAUACCCUGAGACGGGCAGUGUUUACUUUGGGGUCCCUAUCUUCUCUUAUAGGGAUCUUGAAGUAGCAACCAAAAAAUUUGACCCUUCAAGAGAACUCGGAGAAGGAGGAUUUGGAACUGUUUACUAUGGAAAACUCCAAGAUGGACGUGAAGUUGCCGUGAAGCGCCUAUAUGAGAACAACUAUAGGCGAGUAGAGCAGUUCAUGAAUGAAAUCAAGAUCCUCACUCGCUUGCGCCACAGAAAUCUAGUGUCCCUCUAUGGCUGCACUUCACGUCACUGCCGUGAACUAUUGCUUGUAUAUGAAUACAUCUCAAAUGGGACUGUGGCCAGUCACCUCCAUCAAGAAUCAACACACCCAGGUUUUUUACCAUGGCCUAUCAGAAUGAAAGUUGCCUUAGAGACUGCUACUGCAUUGGCUUAUCUCCACGCUUCUGAAAUCAUUCACCGUGAUGUGAAAACAAACAACAUUCUCCUCGACAACACAUUCUGUGUUAAAGUUGCAGAUUUUGGAUUGUCAAGACUCUUCCCCAAUGAUGUCACCCAUGUCUCAACAGCUCCACAAGGAACCCCAGGUUAUGUGGAUCCGGAAUAUCACCAAUGCUACCAGCUUACAAGUAAGAGUGAUGUGUAUAGCUUUGGAGUUGUGCUUAUUGAGCUAAUAUCAUCUAUGCCAGCUGUUGAUAUGACCAGGCAUAAGGAUGAGAUAAACUUGGCAAAUCUAGCUAUAAACAAGAUUCAAAAGAAUGCAAUUGGUGAGCUGGUAGAUACUUCCCUUGGUUUUGAGUCAGAUAGCGAUGUUAAAAGCAAAAUAGUUUCGGUGGCAGAAUUGGCUUUUCAGUGUUUGCAACGGGACAAGGAACUGAGACCCUCCAUGGAUGAGGUUUUGGAGGUGCUGAGGAGAAUUGAAAGUGGGAAGGAUGAGACAGGGCAUCUAGUUCAUGGUGCUGCAGCGAUAUCACCACCUUCACCAGAUCAUGAUGAGGUGAAAUUGUUGAGGGAUAUGAAGUUAACACCUUCGCCCAAGGCAGUGACAGAUAAAUGGGAUAGCGAAUCCACUACUCCUAAUGUCAGUGGUCAAUAGUCAAUAUUGAAUUAAUGCAAUAUGUAAUCUAGUUUAUAAUCAUAUAAUUGUUCCAAUUGAAUAUCCAUACAGAUGCAAGAGACAACCAUAUUUGUGU